UCAAAUGUUAGCCUUACCUUUUAUGGAAAAUGUAAAUUUAUAAAUAUCCGUAGACUUCACUGGAGAUUUACGCUGGAUUUCAUUUCAUGACUCACUCCUAGUAGUUUCAACAGAAAACCUCAAAAUUUACCUCAACUGAAGGGAAAAUAAUUGAAAAUGCAGGACCCAAAUGAAGAUACCGAGUGGAACGAUGUUCUGAGAGCCAAAGGUAUUAUUCCUCCCAAAAAAGAUGCCGAAAUAACAGAAGACCAAAUAGUUUCCUUGUUGGAGGAAACAAUCACCGAAAAAACGAAAGAUGGUGUUGACCUGGAUAGAUUGAAUUUGGAUGACUUGGAUGAAUUAGAAGAUUCCGAAGAUGAAUCGAUUCUAGAGGUGUAUCGUAAUAAGAGAAUUGCAGAAAUGAAGAUGGCGAUGGAGAAGGCAAAAUUUGGUUCAGUUGGUGAAAUUUCUGCUCAAGAUUAUGUGGAGGAAGUGAAUAAAGCGGGGAAAGAAAUAUGGGUGGUUUUGCAUUUGUAUAAGCAAGGAAUCCCACUGUGUACACUCAUCAACGAGCAUUUAAGAAACUUAGCACAUAAGUAUCCUAUGGUGAAAUUCCUCAAAUCCAUUUCUACAACUUGUAUACCAAAUUAUCCUGAUAAAAAUUUGCCAACAAUAUUUGUUUACUACGAGGGUGAUUUGAAAAAGCAGCUUGCUGGUCCCUUAGAUUUCAGACACCAAGACCUCAGCCAAGACGAAUUGGAAUACUUUUUAGGCCAAGCUGGUGCAGUGCAAACAGACAUCAAAGAAAAUCCCAGGAAACAGAUCCGAGAUAAACUAUUUACAGAUCUUAGUAAUGAUUGGUGAUUGUGUAAGAGUAAAGUUUUUUUAUGAAAUAUCAUAUGCAACAUUUUUAUUGGGUUGGAAUGAAAUAUUUAAGGACAAAUAUUGACUGUUCUCAUUCUUAUUUUCAAAUUUGUAUUUAUUUACGUAAUAAACGUAUGAAAGUA